UAGUCAGGCACUCCGGAAAAAACAUAGGACUUCUUCACAUCCACGUUCGCAAUAAUUCCCACAGUUCAUCCGAAAGGAGACAGAUCGAUACUUCCCCCAAAAUUAGUUCUAUUUCCAACGAGACGGAUACAAAAUGUCUUCAUUGACAGCAGCAAGAGCUGAUAAUUUCUAUUACCCCCCAGAAUGGACUCCAAAACAGAUAUAGAGCUUUACCAUGAAAUCUGCAUGCUGCAAACAUGAAAUUGUUAUACAAACAGAUCCAAAAAAUUGUGAAUAUGUAAUUAUUAGUGGCGCCCAACAAAAGAAUGCAGAGUUUGACGUUGAGGAUGCAGAAACGUUUGCACUUCCUGCAGAUGAAGAGAGGGGUAAACUGGCAGAUCUAUUUUAUCGUCUUGAACAUCAGGAAGAGGAUCUGCAGAAGAAGAAAGAAGCUGAGCCAGUCCUAGUUCAGCUUCAACGUGUAUCUGAUGCCAGGCAUUCAGAUGAUUGUGCCCUUCACAAGGCUCUUCAAGCCCAACUCAGGAGUCAAAAGAAAAGAGUUGCUGAAGAAGAGUUUGCUUCGAGCAAAAUGGGACUCGGCAUACGACUGCUUCCAACUACCAAGGAAGAUGCUUGCAUUGCAGCACAUGUGAAGUUCUCUUCCAGGUUUGAGAAAAAUAGAAAGGAUAAGCGAGCAUCAAUUAAUGCAGCUUCAAUCUUUCCAGAAUCUUUCUCCAAUAAGAAGCAUUUGGAGCUAGAAGACAAGAGUAGGAAAAUUAGUGUUGCUGCAGCCUAUAACUUACUUUCAGGGGGAUUGAAGCCAUCUUCAUGGUUGUAGGAUGCUAUUUCUUCAGUCAGGCAUAAAACUUCGAGACAUUUUUAGCUAUGGGUUUUCUAGGUGUAAAUGUUUUUCUUCACUUGGAUCUAAAAUGCCUUGUGUGAAUUUUAUUUUUCGCUGGUCUUUGCAUGUUGUAAAUGGCAUUAGAUCUUGUACAUACGAGUGUCCACUGCCUUGUUUGCGCUUUUAGUUGGCAUUUAUGUGUAGGAGUAGGACACCAAAAAGUUUAGCAAUUCAAACAGUGAGAUGAUAUAGAAUGACUGUUAUUUAUGAUGCUA